CAGUUUAAUUGUUAGGAGCGAAAUGGAGCGUAACCAGAGACCUAGAGCAGUGUUCAUGGCUUUUGGAACCAAAGGCGAUGUCUACCCCAUCGCUGCCAUUGCAGCAGCUUUUGCUUCUGAUCAACCCCAUUAUCAUGUGAUUUUGAUCACUCAUUCAGCUCACCAGAAUUUAAUUGAUAACUUGGAAGACCAAAAUGUCUCCUUCUAUCCAAUUACAACACCACCUGUACUUUCUAUUCUUCAACAUCAUAAUCCCUCAGGGUGCAAAGAACAAAGCUCGUUUUCUUUGCAGAAGAAGCUUGUUAGAAAAGAGCAUAGACUACAAUGCUUGAGUACAAUGGAAAAAAUAUUUGAUGAUGGCCCAAACUUGGUUGCUGAUUUUAUUUUGAUAAAUUUCUUCGCAUUGGAAGGAUGGAACCUCGCAGAACUAUUUCAUGUGCGCUGCAUUGUCGGUGCUCCAUAUGUUGUUCCCUAUAGUGCACCUUCAUCAUUUGAACGGCACUUCAAGAAGGAGUUCCCACUCUUAUACAUAUAUCUUCAAGAAGCUCCUCCUCACAUGGUAUGUUGGAAAGAUGUGAUUCAUUGGAUGUGGCCACUUUUUACAGAGGAAUGGGGAUUGUGGAGAAAUGAUUUGAAUCUAAGUUAUUGCCCUUUCACGGAUCCAGUAACAGGUCUUCCCAUGUCGCACAAUUGGCCUCAAUCUCCCUUGCUUUUGUAUGGGUUCAGCAGGGAAGUUGUGGAGUUCCCAGGUUAUUGGCCCAAAAUUGUCCGAGUAUGUGGAUUUUGGUUUCCUCCAAUGAGCUGGCAAUUUUCAUGUAGCGAUUGCAGAGGAAUUUCAGAUUUUGGUUCUCCGAGACAUCAACCAGCAAAAGACGAAUUAUGUACUCUUCACGCUUCUUUGCAAAAUUUCUUAAAAUUUUCUGCCUCAGAUAUCCCCAUCUUCAUCGGGUUAAGCUCUAUAGGAAGCAUGGGUUUUUUGAAGAACCCCCGAGUGUUUCUUCGAGUUCUUGAAGCUGUUUCAGCGAGUACAAACUACAAAUUCAUCCUUUUCACAGCAGCAUACCAACCUUUAGAUGCUGCAGUACAUGAGUUUGAGGGGAAUGCAUCUUCUUCCGAUCCAAUGCUAUGUAAUAAAGAUGGAGUUCUUCUUUUUAGAUCCCGAGUCUUCUGCUUUUCUGGUUCCAUUCCUUACAGUUGGGUGUUUCAGAGAUGUGCUGUGGCGAUACACCACGGUGGCAGUGGAUCCACGGCCGCAGCAUUAUCUGCUGGAAUUCCCCAGGUAGUAUGUCCAUUUAUACUGGAUCAGUUCUAUUGGGCGGAGAGAAUGUUCUGGCUUGGAGUAGCACCACCUCCGUUGCAAGCAAACCAUUUACUCCAAGAUAAUGAUGAUGAUGCAAGCAUUUUGAAAGUGGUAAUUUCACUAUCAAAUGCAAUAAAAUCAGCUUUAUCACCUGAAGUUAAAGUUCGUGCAUCUCAAAUUGCUGAUAAAAUAAACUUGGAGGAUGGAAUUCAGGAAUCUCUGAAGGUACUCAAGGAAGAAAUUGUCCGUCCAAGUAGUAAUAACCAGUUGUCUCGGUAGAAUCCUGUACUUUAGAUCGAAUGCCAAUACAAUUUGCCUUGGCAACAUUUGAGUUCUUAAAUUUUGACUUCCUUUAUCUAAUGUAUAAAUGUAUGCAAGUCUUUCAAACCAUUGAGCUUCAUAGGCUUAACUUUGUUAAUAUACAAGUGCAUUCGGUCUUACGUCCGUUUAUUAUUACUCCA